UAAUAAGCAAUCAACGUUCUUCAUUUGCUUAACGUGACGCCCACGCCCCACUCACCCCCACCACGCAAAUUCUUUUUCUUCUCUUCGAAGCGAAGAAUCGAAAGUUGUGAGAGAUACAGAAGACAACUUCACUUUCAGAUCUCAUAGCACGAAAGUUCUCUCAGAAUCAGAUCUCUCGAGUCUCGCUUUCCACCAAGUCUUGGAGCAAAUCCGAGACCUUUAGCUUAUUAUUUCCUUAUUGUUUAUUGAUCGAUCAUAUUCUUUAGCGGCGUAGAUCCGCUGAUUCUGUAUGAAUUUUUAUUUGAAAGUUUUACUUUUUAGUUGGCAUGCAAGUGCUUUGUCUUCCUUGUAUUACCAUCAAACAUGUGGAGAUUCAAACCAUUCAUGUCCAAAGAACAAACUGGUCUUGAAGGUCGCACCAUUGACGUUGGAAAUUUGAAAGUUCAUGUCCGCAAUGCCAUUGCUGAGGGUGGAUUCUCUUGUGUCUACUUAGCUCGGGAUGCAAUACACAGUUCAAAGCAGUAUGCCUUAAAACAUAUCAUAUGUAAUGAUGAGGAAUCUCUGGAAGUUGUGAUGAAAGAAAUAUCUGUGAUGAAAUCUCUUAGAGGACACCCUAAUGUUGUCACGCUUUAUGCCCAUACCAUAUUUGACAUGGGACGGACAAAGGAAGCAGUCCUUGUGAUGGAAUGUUGUGAGAAGUCCCUGGUUAAUGUGCUGGAGAGCAGAGGAGUUGGAUAUUUUGAGGAGAAACAAAUCCUUGUAAUAUUUAGGGAUGUCUGUAAUGCAGUCUUUGCAAUGCACUGCCAGUCUCCACCCAUUGCUCACCGAGACUUGAAGGCUGAGAAUGUUCUGCUGGGGUCUGAUGGUUUAUGGAAAUUAUGUGAUUUUGGAAGUUCCUCUACCAAUCACAAGCGGUUUGAGAAGCCUGAAGAAAUGGGUAUAGAAGAAGACAAUAUCCGGAAGCACACAACACCUGCCUAUAGAGCCCCUGAGAUGUGGGAUUUGUUCCUGAGAGAAGUCAUAAAUGAGAAGGUGGAUAUUUGGGCACUAGGGUGUCUUCUCUUUCGCAUAUGCUACUUCAAGUCUGCAUUUGAUGGUGAAUCAAAGCUACAAAUCUUAAAUGGGAACUACCGCAUUCCAGAGUUACCAAAAUACAGCUCAUCGAUUACAGACCUAAUCAGAGAUAUGCUUCAAUCUUCACCAGAUGCCAGACCAGACAUCACGCAGGUUUGGUUUCGUGUUAAUGAUUUAUUACCAGAUGGGUUGCAGAAAUCAUUACCUGAAGGGUCACCAGAGAUGCACCAAUCAGGUACUGACAUACAUGAAGGGGUUCCAAAACCUAUAAAUAAAUCCUAUCUAAUGCCGCAUAGAAGUCCACUGCACCCACCAACUGCAGAACCUACUCAUUAUGCAUCACCACCACCAGUUAAUAAUUCUAGGGCAGGUGGAGGGGCACUUGGUGUUUUCUGGUCCACGCAGCAUGCUAUGGAUUUGUUUGUUGCAGAAGACAAAAUAGGGACCACAUUUGACGAAGAGCCAAGUAACCCUAACACAACAAGACAUGAUAAGAUUCUCCCAGAGAAGCAGGAUUUUAGGCAUAAUACUAGCUCGCCAAAAGAGGAAAAUAUUCAUGCUCGUCCUGUCCCAAAAAAUGUGCAUGGAAAAUCUGUCAACAGAUCUGAGGAUGAUUCAGGCCAUGUUUCCAGAAGGCCAAAGGCGUCAAUUUCUGAGAGCUCACGUAUUUUUCAGAAUGAGGCAUUCAACACGUUUGUUGCUGAAUUUGAUACAAAUAAACUCAGUCCAGGAAUCAGCAAUAAGAAAUCACGGAACGAAGAAGAAUUGCAGGCUGACAUUGGAAGGUUGAAACAACAGUUGCAGCAAGUUAAUGUGGAGAAGGCUGAAAUAACUUCGAAAUAUGAAAAGCUUUCUUCCAUUUGCCGAUCUCAGAGACAGGAGAUACAAGAGCUUAAGCAAGGUCUUGCAGCAGCUAGAGUUCAAGCACCAAAUAGAGAAGCUUCAAAAGACAAAGCAUCUCCUGGAACUCAACCCUCUGCCACCACACUGCAAAAGGAGAAAAUUGAAGGAACAGUUUUUGAACUCCAACAAGGAUUAUUUGACAAUAAUUCCGCAAGUCCAGAACCUAAGCCAUGGCAAGCUUUCCCUGAAGAUCCCAUGCCACAAUCAAUAUCAAUGAACAAUUCCAGAUCUGUUAGAACUAGCAAUGGUCACCAGAACAAACAGUCUACUCAAGGACUGCCAGGCAGCAGCGACACAUGGGGUUUUGGAAUGGAUAGCUUCACAGCUGUUCCUGCUGCUUCCUCUCAGAUUUAUAGACCGAGUAAUGAAUUAAAUAGUUCUCAGUGCUUUGGCGAGUCAAAGAACAUAGAUAACAAGUUGGCUUCUCAACCUGCUGGAUGGGCUGGUUUCUGAUGUAUGUUGCUAUCUGUGGAAGCUAGAGGUACUACUUGAUAUGGUUUUUUUUCUUUUACCCUGAUAAAUGUUAUAUCUUCUUUGCCGAAAUGUUUGCAGGAUGAGUUCAAGAGGAAAAAAAUAGCGAAUAUAUGGCUUAAUAGGCUUGUUUUGUGCUAUCCGAGAGUUAUAUAUCAGAACAUUGAUGUUGGCUUCGCCUAUUCAUUUAUUGGUUGACAAGUGAUUACUUCACUGCACGUCCCUGUCCUCAGCAGUUUACAAUUUUAUGAGAUAAUGUAUUCUUUUGGAAAUUAUAUCACACCCCUUCAAGUUUCUAAUCUUUUUAUGACUCGUGUUAUUAAUAAAUUAUCAAGCUAAUUAAUUGUUUUUAAUGAUGUUAGAAAUAUAUUUCAACUAACAAUUCAAAUAAUUUUAUUGCUGUA